AUGCCUCCGAUUCGCAGCUCCAGAAACCGCAAGCCUCCGCCCGACGGCUUCGAAGACAUCGAAGACACUCUGCUCGAAUUCUCCAACAAGCUCAAGGACGCCGAGAAUGCCUCGCACGAAGGAAAGAAGAAGCACGAAAUGGUCUGGCCCGUCUUCCAAAUCACCCAUCAACGCUCAAAAUACAUCUAUGACCUCUACUACGAGAAAGAAGCCAUCUCCAAACAGCUGUACGAGUGGCUGCUGAAGAACAACUAUGCCGACAAGAACCUGAUCGCAAAGUGGAAAAAGCAGGGUUACGAGAAGACCAAGGAAACCAACUUCAACAGCACCUGCAUCUGUCGCGUGCCUCGUAAGCAGCUCAAAGAGGACCAAGUCAUUCAGUGUGUCAACUGCGGAUGCCGUGGAUGUGGAAGCAGCGACUAA